AUGGAGAAGCAAAAAGAAGAUGAUGCUCAUUACAUGGUCAUGGCUUUACAAGUAGCGAAAGCAGCAUUGUCUGUUGGUGAAGUGCCUGUGGGGUGCGUUUUGGUGUUGAAGGACCACCUGUCCAUUCCUGGGGGCUAUGAAUCGGUCGUCAUUUCACAUGGAGCAAACCAAGUAAACGCCACAAGAGAUGCAACAAGACAUGCAGAAAUCGUUGCAAUUGAUAGAAUUCUCACUCUUGGAACAUCUUCUGAUCAAAUGCGGUUGGCUCUUGACACUGGAAUGGAACAGUAUGCUGAAAGCAGUGGAUUUCAACACCGCCAAGCUAGGCAAAAACAUUGGGAAGACAGGUGGGUGAAUGUCGCUGGUAACCCUAAUCACUGGAAAAACCAGUUUGGCUGGAAAAAUAAGACAUACGUAGAAUUGAGAUCACCCGAAGUGCUCCAAAAUUGUGAGCUAUAUGUCACUUGUGAACCUUGCAUAAUGUGCUCGUCGGCACUUGCUACAGUGGGGAUUAAAAGGGUCAUCUUUGGGUGCAAAAAUGAUAGAUUUGGCGGCUGCGGCUCGUUGUUGCACCUGCAUAGAAAAGAAGAGUCACUUUGUGAAUCAAGUGCCAACCAGAGCCUUGAUUAUUCGAAGCAGUCCUCUUCCAAAGUGUCGCAAGGAUAUACGAUCACCUCUGGAAUCCUCGAGAAUGAAGCAAUCGCCCUGCUCCGAUCAUUUUAUGAUAGAGAAAACAUAUAUGCUCCUGAUAGCAAGCGAAAGAGGAAACUAGGAGAUAACGAGGAUCUAAUACUUUGA